UGCUUGUCGGCCAGAUCACACGAUCGACCAGCAGAAGCAAGCAGGCAGUGGUGGCUGCGACGGCGGCAGCUUCUUCCACAGCUCAGCAACUUUACAAGACACAGCCACAUUUCGUUGCCGUUUAUCUGCGUUCACCUUCAGCAUUCCGCGACGAACGCUCAGUGCAAACGGACGUGUAUUUCUCCGUCACGAAAUUGUCACAAAUAGUUGUCUGCAGAUUUCAACUGGCACCAAAAAAGCGUAAAGUGUUUAAGCGAAAAUUAUUAAGAGUAUUUGAAAAUCACAAUUAUCAUGCUAUGAAAACAACAACAACAAAGUGUAAAGGUGGUUUAUUGUGUUUAAAAUUUUUAAAUUGUUUUAAGUGGCAAGUAUUUGCCAGAAGUGUUAUGUUUAAAUAAAAAUAUAAAAAAACACCACAACAAAGCCAACAAAGUGUGCGCGAGCAACAAAUAUAAGAUUCUUAAAAAAAAAAUUGCAUUUCAGUAUAUAAAAUUUAUAUUAAUUGAUAAUGUCAAAUGUAAGCGCAGUGUAAUUAUCGCUCCAAAUUUACAUGAAUAAAAUGGCAAGGCCAAAUUUCAACCACAACGUACGCAUGAUGACAACAACUUUUAACACAACAACAAACACCAUAAAUAUGUCUUCAAGCUCUGCAACAAAUCAACGGAUUACGAGUAAUCGCUGUACGAAGCACAACGACUUCAGCUGCAACACAAUUAAUAAGAUCAAUUGCAGUCAGCGCCAACACAGUGAUCAUUUAUGUUCCACAACGAUCCACAAGUGCUUGUGCCCACAGAAUAGCAUUGCCUACUUAGCGGCGCACAAGGUUCAGUGCAUAACAUUACUGCUACAGAGCGUGUUCAUCGCAUUACUUUGCUUGGCGUUAAUACAGCCGACAUACGCGCGUUCCACAAAGGCACAUCGAGCAGCGAAAACAGCAUUAGUGGCAACGCCGCCGAUUGCAGAAUCGCUGGUUGGCAACGCGGCCGCAUCCGGUACUUUUUUGAACUCCUCGAAUAUUAUGAUGGCGGCGAACGAGAGAAAUUCGCUCGAUUUAGGCGCCACAACUAAACUCGCCACACCAGUGGUGGAGAACCGACGCGCGCUAAAGCUCGUACAGUUCAAUAAUAUGUCAGUCGUGUGUAAUGAUGGCUCGCGCGCUGGUUUCUAUUUGCGCAAAAAUCCCAAUUCGAAGAAAUGGAUUGUGUUUCUGGAGGGCGGCUGGCAUUGUUUUGAUGCACGCUCAUGUCGAGCGCGUUGGUUGCGGCUGCGCCACUUGAUGACGUCCACACAGUGGCCCGAAAAACGUGACGUUGGUGGCAUACUCUCACCUUUGCCGGAAGAGAACCCCUAUUGGCACAGUGCAAAUCAUGUGCUCGUGCCCUACUGCAGCAGCGAUUCGUGGUCAGGUACGCGCGACACAAUCGACGAGAACGCUAAGUUUCGCUUUAUGGGUGCUGUAAUCUUACGCAACGUCAUCGCCGAACUAAUACCCCUCGGUUUGGGACGUAUACCGGGUGCGGAAUUGUUGCUUGUGGGUUCGUCGGCAGGCGGUCUUGGUGUUAUGCUCAACUUGGAUCGCAUAACCAAUUAUCUGCAACAGGAACGUAAACUCAUGGUAACGGUGCGUGGUGUAAGCGACUCGGGUUGGUUCCUCGAUCGUGAACCCUACACCCCAGCUACAGUCGGCUCCAGUGAGGCGGUGCGUCAAGGUUGGAAGAUGUGGCAAGGAUCGCUACCGGAAGCUUGCGUUGAACAAUACCAAGCAGAGCCGUGGCGUUGCUAUUUCGGUUACCGACUGUAUCCAACGCUAAAAGCACCACUCUUCGUCUUCCAAUGGCUGUUCGAUGAGGCACAAAUGCGCGCGGACAAUGUGGGCGCACCAGUUACGCCCCAACAAUGGAACUAUAUACAUGAAAUGGGCGGCGCGCUGCGUUCUUCCUUAGACAACGUCACGGGUGUAUUCGCGCCCUCUUGCAUCGGCCAUGCUGUGCUCUCCAAACGCGAUUGGAUCAAUAUCAAAAUCGAUGAUAUUUCUUUACCAUCGGCUCUCCGUUGCUGGGAGCAUUCGACACGUCCACGCCGCAGACGACACAACAUCGCUAAACAAAACCAUUUGGAACCCACGGAACAAAAGCGCCAUCGCUCCAGCAACGAGCAUCAAAGAAUCACACACAAGAACCGUAUACCCAAACAACACAAAGCGAAGAAAGAUAACAACAACUACGAGCCACAAAAUGGCACACGUCCGCGCUUAAGUAAAGUCGAGCGUGAAGAAAGACGGCGACUACGUCACGAACGUCAACAGCGGCGUCAACGUAAACAACAACAACAGCAACGCAACAAGAACAAACAACGCAAUCGUCACGAGCGUCGACGUAACGAAGCAGAACGCAAGCGUAACAACAAUUUGCCACCCAACGACAACGCCACCGCAUUAUACGAACAACAUCCCAACAAAAAACAACGUCAACAUAACAAACCAAAAACAAAUGGUGUUGAGCGUAAACACCGACCCGGUCACAAGUCACGUAAGGAACGUAAAGAACAACGUCAACAACUGAAGCUACAAAACAGCGGCAAAUACGAACGACAACAUGAACUGCAGCAUGAUGAACAAGCCAUCGAGGCGACAACACAAUUUGACCUACAAAAGCGGCACAUGCGCCGCAAUCGUGUGCCGCGCGUGCCCGAGAAAUGCGCGCUACGCCUGCUCGAGCGCUGCAGUUGGCCGCAAUGCAAUCACUCCUGCCCGAUGGUCACGAAUCCGCUGACCGGCGAAGAGAUGCGCUUCCUCGAGCUGCUCACCUCUUUCGGUCUGGACAUCGAAGCCGUUGCCGCGGCUUUGGGCAUCGACAUGCAGACCCUAAGCAAUAUGGAUCGCACCGAGCUGAUCAAUCUGCUAACGCAACAGGCGAGCUGAUCGUCGGUGUAAAUACAUGUGCUUGUUUGUAUGUGUGUGUGUGCGUGGGUGGCAGUGUAUGUGUGCUUGUGUAUUCAUAACUUAUUUGUAAAUAUUAGUUGCUUAAGUCGUAAAUAGUUCAAAGUUCAAAUUAAUAUCGUUAGUGUUGUGUGUGUGUAUGUAGCGGUGUAUGCAGCGGAAAAUUUGAGAUACAGUGUUGGCAAAUAAGUUGUAUGAGCUCUAAAUACAUUCAUAAAUUAUAUAACCAUUUUCUGCUUCCAACUGUAAGUUGUGUUUUAUAGUAUUUUUAAUUACUUAAAGACAAUUAUUGAACCCAGUUGUUAGGAGAAGCUAAUUUAUUGUUUUUGUUGUAAGCGAUUUUAGUUUAAUUUCAGUUAUAUGCAUAAGUAUUAAGCCAAAAUGAGUAAACAGAAAUAUUCGCAAAAAAAAAACACAAAACAAUGAGUGAGUUCGAGAGCGAGAGAGAUUAUGAGCGCUUAUCACGUAAAUAGUAAAUAGAGACAAAUUUUUUGUACGGAAUUUUGAGCUGAUUUUUGGCUUUUGAAUGAAGUGAAAAAAAAAUUAUUUUUUUUUUUUUUAAUUUUCCAGCAUUGAAAACUCGAUUCCUUCCUCAAAAAAAAAAUAUAUAAUAUAUAAAAAAAUAUUAAAAUAAAAUGGUAUUUAAAUUUUCAUAUAAAAUUAAUUAGC